AUGAAAUUUGAAGUGAAAGUCCAAAUACUUGGAGCAUUAAAGGAUCAAGCUACUAUUUUUGAAAAUCUUGCUGAUGUUUUCCUCAAAGAUGUGCAAGCGUUGAAAUAUAGUCAAGGGACUAGUGGUAGCUCAAAGCUGAGCAGAAGCAAGAAGAAGAGCCGAAAAGCUAUGAUCAGGCUUGGAAUGAAGCCAUUCCCGGGUGUAAGCAGUGACACGCUCAAAAAGAGCGAGAAUUGCUUAGUUUUCUCCUUAUAUUUUCUUCUCUGGUUUCAAAUUCUAUAUGUCAUCUCGGAACCGGAUGUUAAGAGCCCUGCAUCAGACACAUAUGUUAUAUUUGGUGAGGGAAAGGUUGAGUACUUGAGCUCUCAAUUGCAGUCUCAAGCUGAGGAUGUGGAUGAAAGGAGAGCUGAAAGAUGCCAAGAUCAUUCCAGAUGCUAA